AGAGGGUGAGAGCUUGCUGCUGCCGCCAUUCACCAUUCAAGCACACUUUAGGAACAUAGGGUAGAGGCCUUGAGAUCUCAACCCUGCAAAUCAGUGUAGUUAACGCGUUGCGUCAGUAGGUAUCAGCUUAGCGUGUGGUAGUUCAUUCUUAAUGGCUCAACCUGCCAUGUGGUCUUCGUCCUCUAGGGUCGUUCAACCGUCAGUGAUCGGGAAUGUCACUGGGGCUUCUAACACCACCGUUGUUAGAGCAGACGCUUUCUCGCAACCCCCCUCAAACUUUCAUCAGAAUUGUUCAUCGUUGAGACCACGAACAGCACGCAAGACGUCGCCUAAUUUCACACGAACGUCGUUGCGAUGCGCUUUAACACCAGGAUUUUACGGAAAUUCAAGUUUUAAGCCUACCCCAUUGCCCAGGCAUGGAGUCGCCCGAUCUUUUAUGGUAAGUGCGACCUACUACGAUGAAGAUGAUGAAGAUAUUUUUGAAUUGACAUUCCUUCAACGCUUGCAGCGGGCAUGGCGGAUAAUUUUUCCUCCGAGAAACCGUCUCCCAAGCAAUGCUGAGAUUGCGAAGGAGCGGCUGCGUUUAGUUCUGUACACAGAUCGUGGGGAAGUGAGUCCUGAAGUUCGAAGGCGUUUACGGCGCAAGAUUAUUGAUGCUAUUUCAGCAUACGUGGAGAUUGAAUCAGAAGAAGACGUGCAGCUCAGUGUAUCAGCAGACCCUGACAUCGGAACUGUCUACUCCAUCACCAUUCCUGUGCGGAGAGUGAAGCCAGAGUAUCAAGAGUACUGGAGUGAGUCUGGGUUCAGGGAUCGGUUUUAUGAAGAAAUUUUGAGGGAGCGUGGUCCCAACUCAUCACUUACAAAGCUGGAAAUAACGCGGGAGCCUCAGUCAGAUGGUGAGAGCAGAGGAGCAGGAGCGGCAGAGUUGUAAGCAGCAAGGUCUGGAACUAGGCUGAUCUUACAGCUCUGUCAGGUCAGGGUCUUCAUGAAAGUCUGGCCCUGGUAAUUAUUUGGUAGUCCAUUGUGCCUCUACCUAAUUGCUAACCCUGUUGUCAUGACACUCAUACCGGUAGUAGUGUGUACAAGACUUAAUUGUGUCAUAUGGUUUGGAUGGAUGUUUGGCAAUAAUAUG